AUGCGUUUGUCAAUGACCAGCACCUCUCGUGCUCCAUGCCAUACUCCUCAGCGGCGGAGCGUCGCCCUCCGUCUCCUCCACGCCGGUGGCCAUUCCUGUACCGCUUUCUAUCUCAAAACCUGGUUCCAGGAAGGCUUUGAGAAUUUCUGGAAUCAGUGCCCAUGGGAAGAUGAUUUGAAAAGAACCGUGUGCCGUUUGAAGAGUCCAGCUGAAGCGUUCGUGAACAUGAAAAACCAAUACGGAGGAACGGGAAAUCAUUAG